UAACCGGAAGUACUAUUUCAAACUAACGGCCAUAGCUAAACUGCAAGUAUUUAACGCUGCUCUCUACCAUCCAUGUGUGUUACUGUGCUCUAAGAAACAUGCAGACGCUGAACAGCUUGCGGGCACUGUGCUGGUCUCACAGACGUGAUCCAUGCCUACUAAAUGUUUGUACCGCCUUGUAUUCAAGUGCCGUUUCAGAAAAAACUUUCAACUUUUGCAGCAAAGACAUGCGGCGCAACACUGGCGUUUGUGAUUUUAAAGUACUUGAAGCCCACAUGACCCUGCACUCCAAGAACUCUACGAGGAAUUUCUGUACGUCUUCAACAGUAAGAAACUGUUGGAGUUGCGGCUCUUCUCGCCAGUUGUUCUUUUGCUCGUCUUGUAAAGUUAUACAACCUCCUAUUGAGAACGUUAAUUAUUUUGAGCUUUUCAACUGUGAUCAGACAUUUGCGUUGGACACUCAGAAACUGCAGCAGCGGUAUCUUGAGCUUCAGAAAUCCCUACAUCCUGACAACUUCAGCCUGAAGUCCUUGACAGAACAAGGAUAUUCUGAACUGCAAUCAGCCUUGGUAAACAAAGCCUAUAGUACUCUUCAGAAACCUGUUACACGUGCUGUCUACAUGCUACAGCUGCAAGGAGUUCAUCUUGAGGAGGGCACAGACUCCAUGGUCAGCCCUGCCUUUCUCCUAGAGGUCAUGAAGGUCAACGAGAAGCUGUGGGAGACCCAAAGCCGUGAAGAGGUCGCUUCCAUAGGCCAAUCGGUGCGAGAGGCGUUGAAGGACCUGAAUGAACAGAUAAAUGCGGCGCUGAACAAAGGGGACUUGCAGUCAGCCAAAGAGCUCCUGGCUCGAAUGAAAUACUUCAGCAAUCUUGAGGAGAAGGUAAAAGAGCAACUGACGGAGAGCUUGUGAGGGGGCGUCGAAGGACUGUUAUCGCACACUUCCUUCUUCAUACACAAAGCAUGGUGGGAUUUCAGUUUAAAUUUCAUGUCGUUUUAAACUUGAACAUGCAUUAUAUUAAAACAUAUUUUUUAAAAGUG